UCAUUUUGCAGCUUCAGCUUUAGAUGCUGUUUUAAACUUUUAACGUUAUGAUUACAAUUGUAAUAUUUGGAGCUCGCCCAACUACAACUUCCUUCUAGCUUCUAUCACUCUUUCACUCUUUUAAAUUUUUUAUUCUUCGCUAGUAAAAAAUGCAUAGACAAGCCAAUGGCUCCUAUUGACCCUUAAACAACGCGUUAAUUGCUUUUCUACCCACGAAAUAUGCCAUCCCGCAAUGCUCGACCAAAACCUCCCCCGAACGAAUACAAAACUAUUGCGGCGGAAUGGGCCCGUGCAAAGCGAUUAAAGGAGGCUGAGGCUGCUCGAAGUGCCGCGGGAAGUACUGCAGGAAAGAAAGAUGAUUCUUCCGCCGAGGAAGCCCAACGCGUCGCUCUCGAAACUCGACGAAAGAAGGCCUUUGAUCGUCGCUCAUAUUGGACACUGGGCUUUUGGGCCUGGCUACUGUGUAUACAUGCUGUGGGAAUAGUAUUAUUUACCGGCGGUUUUCUUUUGAGUAGACUGGUUUUAGACGGCCGGUCCGAGUGCGACAAACCACCGAUCCAGCCAUUAUUAGAGUGGAAAGGGAGGGGCACCGUAGAGGGUGGAUGUUGGCACCCUAAGACCUUCGAAAAAGCUGUCAUUGUUUUGAUAGAUGCUUUGCGAUACGAUUUUACGAUACCGUUCGAAGACGAGAGCAAUGCCGAAGCCUACCAUAAUGCGCUCCCUUUUCUCUACGAAACGUCACUACGAUCCCCUCAAAACGCUGUCCUCCGCCCAUUCAUUGCGGACCCACCAACCGCUACCCUACAGAGAUUGAAGGGCCUGACGACCGGAACAUUGCCCACAUUCAUCGAUAUCGGUUCUAGCUUCGCUGGCACAGCUAUAGAAGAGGACAAUCUAUUGAUGCAAUGGAAAGAUCAAGGGAAGCGGAUUGUACAUUUGGGAGAUGAUACGUGGACCGCUCUUUUCCCAGACUACUUCGAACCGAAUAUCAGCAGAGCCUACGACAGCUUCAAUGUUUGGGAUCUACACACUGUUGACAAUGGGGUUCUGGAUCACAUAUUCCCACUAUUGAAGUCUGAGCAAAAGCAGAAGUGGGACGUUCUUAUAGGACACUUUCUUGGGGUGGAUCAUGCAGGCCAUCGGUAUGGGCCAAAUCAUGCCGCUAUGACCGCCAAGCUCCAGCAGAUGGACCUUUUCAUUCGGGACCUCGUGAAGGAGAUUGACGAUGAUACUUUAUUGGUUGUGAUGGGUGAUCAUGGAAUGGACCCCAAAGGUGACCAUGGUGGUGAAAGUGAUGAUGAAGUUGAAGCUGCUCUGUGGAUGUACUCAAAAAGGCCCGUAUUCGGUCGUACAAAACCUGAGUUCGCGACACCACCAGCGACGGCCAAAAUCCGGCCAGUGAACCAGAUUGACCUGGUUCCGACCCUUGCACUACUCCUAGGUAUUCCUAUACCGUUCAAUAAUCUUGGACGACCAAUCGAAGAAGCCUUCGCUGGUCUGAAAGGAAAUGCGUGGAAUCACCUUGCUGCUGCCUCUAGUGUGGCAUCUGCAGGAAUUAGGAGGUAUCAAGCAGCAUACUUCAAAGCCCGUGGUAUUGAGCAAAGCACCAAGCCUGGGUCGCCCGCGUCGCUCUGGGAAAAGACAGAGGUCCUUGUCCAGUCAAGCACAAAAUCUAAGCCGUGGGAAACUCUGUAUGAUUCCUACACUGCUUACCAAGAGGAGACCCUAAGAAUCUGCAAGGACCUCUGGGCCAGAUUCGACAUCCCAAAGAUGAUAUUGGGAAUUAUAAUAAUGGCACUUGGCGUCGUCAUAUUAUUAUUCUACGUCUCUAGGGACGAAGAUGAGGAUUUCGCAGUAUUGGACGAUGCCGAGCUAGACUUCGCUGAGAAGAGCUUAGAAUUACAAAAUUCGACAGCAGAACCCGAAGUCGGAUCUUAUAAAAACUUGACUAGGUCACUCACUAAGGCGGGAUUCCUAAGUGGUGGGUUAAUAGGACCUCUGAGUGCUGCAUUUGUUAAAUUCUCGGGGUCCGAAGACUGGCUACUAGCCGCUGCCGCAACAGCCAUUGUGAGUCUGCUUGCUGUAGCUGGCACUCUACUAAAGGUCCGGGGAAGAAUUAUACUUAACCUCUUACCGAAUACCUUCUGGGGUUGGCUGUCCGUUGUUUUUACAUUGAGUCAGUCCAUCGGCUUUGCGUCUAACUCAUAUACCAUCUGGGAAGAUUCUAUUUCAUUAUUCUUCCUUUCAACUUUCGGUAUUGCAAACGCCGUCGCUGCGCUUCAGCGGCCCUCAAUUCGUGACCGAUCUUUGGGCGUCUACCACUCUAUUGUGUUCGUCGUUCUUGUGCGCCUGGCUUCCUUCUCAAAGCUUUGCAGGGACGAACAAAUGCCCUACUGUAAAUCAACCUAUUAUGCAUCUGCCAACUCCUCGACAUCGGCGCCUUGGCAACUCGUCAUACCUUUCGCCAUUUUCCUUCUUUUGCCAUCUAUAGUCAAAUCUUAUAUGAAGAUCUCACGGUCAUAUGAAGGCCUUGCACCUGUGUGGAUUGGCUACGUCUUCCGAGCUGGUCUCUUCCUCUCCGCUAUUUACUGGACCAUUGAUACUGCGCAGAGUGCGGAAUGGAUCAUCACCUCGCUUCCAGAGAAGGUGCUGAAGACUAUUAACGUUUCUAUCGCUCAGCUGGUUCUAGCUUUGGCUUUCGUGGCCGGCACGACCGCAUUCGCAUGGGCACCUCCCUGCGUCUCUAUCCUUACCACGUCAGCCAACAACCGAACAGCACAAAUUACCGUACUUGGCUACGGCAACACGAAUGGUGCCCGUUACCUACUCCUCUUGGUCAACAUCACCGCCGGAUGCAUCCUCCUCUCAAAACCCAUGGGAGGCGGCGCCAUCGCCAUUAUGCUCUGGCAAAUCCUCUCUCUGGUCGAGCUCAUUGACCUCAACGACUUAUCAGCCGAGACCGUCGGCCCGGUGACACUCGCCCUGUUGGGUAACUUUCACUUCUUUAAGACGGGUCACCAAGCCGUUAUCUCAUCUAUCCAGUGGGACAGUGCUUUCGUCCCGCUACUCACCCUUCGAUACCCCUGGAGUCCUCUCGCAGUCGCUAUAAACACCUUCGCGGGCCAGGCUCUGGCGUGUAUCGCCGCGCCUCUUGCGGUCAUGUGGAAGACCUCACCAAAACGGAAAGGCGUCUUGGAGGCUUCGAGUCGCGCGCUUGCGGCGCUUGUUGCGUACUACGCUGUGCAGAGCCUAGCGACCAUGGCCUGGGCCGGGUACCUAAGACGGCAUCUUAUGUUAUACCGUGUCUUUAGCCCACGGUAUAUGAUGGCUGCUACGGUGUUGCUAGUUGUCGACCUCGUAGGGAUUGGGGUCACACUAUUGGGUGUUAGGACGAAUGUCCUAGCAAUUGGGGAGAUUUUUGGGUUUGCUGAUUAAAUGCUCGUGAUACCUGAACUAGAUUACGGAGGUGCCUAGAGGGAUAGAUCUCCCAGAUGUGGUGAACGAUAGAGAAUACGCCAUAAUUCUACGGAUAUUGAGACGACGCGUCUAUCCGAAAAUCGUGGCUUGCUUUGUAUAUGCAGUUGUAGGAUAGAAAUCUGAAUGAAGAAAAAAAGUACUUUACGACCGAUCGUAUGUUGAUGCUGUACAGGCAAGACAGUC